AUGUCCACACCCUGGUUCAACCCUAACCUUAGCUUCAUGUCCAUACCCCGGCUCAAACCUAACCCUAACCCAAUGUCCACACCCCGGCUCAACCCUAACCUUAGCUUCAUGUCCACACCCCGGCUCAACCCUAACCUUAGCUUCAUGUCCACACCCCGGCUCAACCCUAACCUUAGCUUCAUGUCCACACCCCGGCUCAACCCUAACCUUAGCUUCAUGUCCACACCCCGGCUCAACCUUAACCUUAGCUUCAUGUCCACACCCCGGCUCAAACCUAACCCUAACCCAAUGUCCACACCCCAGCUCAACCCUAACUGUAAAAGCUAGAGACCACUCUUUUCCUGUUAGUCUUAACUUAGUAUCCACCCACACUAAACUACUAGGAUAGAUCCUACUUUCUAAUCAAAUCCAAUGUAUAACGGUCUAGGAUAGCAGACUGGACUUGCCUCCAAGAUGUCCUUGAUAAGAGGGGUCCAUCGGGAGAGCUGGUAUGUCUGCUCACUCACUCUCUCCUUCCGGUCAGUCUUCUUCACCUUGCGGGCCGGGUUCCCCUAGAAAAUAAUAAUAAUAAUAAUAAUAAUAAUAAUAAUAAUUUGAUUAGGAAUGCUUCUCAUUACAUAAGGAAUCUCAAAGUGCUUAGAGUAGAUGACUGAUGCACUCAAAUACUCUUCAGUUGGACACAGACAGCAUAUAAUCACUGAGGAUAUCUUAUUUAUGCCACUUUUCAAAGAUGGAUCCCCAAUCCACAUGCUAAAGUGGUUCUACUCCAUUGUGUGAGAGAGUUGUGAGAUGGUUCCACAAUGGUUCAUAUUCAUUAGGGCACAAUGUAGCAAAAAAAACUUUUGCAACAGAAAAUAAAAACAAGUGUUUCUUAUUGGACAAAUUAGUUUGUAGUACCUCCCUGUUUCAGUCAGUUUUCUUCCGCUCGGUGCCUAAUGAAUACAGGUCCUGGUGUUACUAUGUUCCUAUAGGAGCUCACCUCUGAGAUGAUGGGCAUGCCCAUAUGGGCCAUGUUGGAGAUGAUGUCACUGUCCUCGGGAGGGAUGUUAGCAUGCUGGAGGAGCUUACACAGGUUCUCCUCCGAAACACCUGACACAUGCACAAACACAGACAUGGACACAUGCACCGAAAACACACACACACACAUUUGAAAGCAUGCACAGAAACAUGCACACACCCAAAUCAACGCUUGAUAAUUAGUUGAUUAUUUGAAUCAGCUGUGUAGUGGUUGGGCAAAAACCAAAACGUGCUCCCCUUGGGUGUCCCUGGGACAGAGUUUGGGAAACUAUGUAUUAGUACAUAGUAAUGUACAUAGUAAACUACAGACACUCAGAAAAGGGAUUUAUUACCGUUCUUCAUGAAGAUAUAGAGGAGGAUGAUGCGAAUCUUGUCAAAGACGGUGACGUCUUUGUCCAGCAGGACGGGCACGAUGGCCCUCAUGGGGUCCUUGAUCUUCUCCCCCUCUGCGUCCGUACCCAUCGCUAGGUCCUGGGGUAGUGCAAGGGGCAAAGACAGAGGGGGGGGGGGGGGGGCACAGGGUGAAUUAGAUGGUUAGAUAUACACUGACUGGACAAAACAUUAAGAACACCUUCCUAAUAUUGAGUUGCCCCCCACCCCCAUUUGCCAUUAGAACAGCCUCAAUUUGUCGGGGCAUGGACCCUACGUGGAAUCCCUGUGGAAUGCUGGCCCAUGUUGACGCCAAUGCUUCCCACAGUUGUGUCAAGUUGGUUGGAUGUCCUUUGGGUGGUGGACCAUUCUUGAUACACUGUUGAGUGUGAAAAACCCAGCAGAGUUGCAGUUUUUGACACAAACCGGUGCUCCUGGCACCUAAUACUACCAUACCCCGUUCAAAAGCACUUAAAUCAUUUGUCUUGCCCAUUCACUCUCUGAAUGGCACACAUACACAAUCCAUGUCUCAAUUGUCUCAAGGCUUGAAAAUCCUUCUUUAACCUGUCUCCUCCCUUUCAUCUACACUGCUUGAAGUGGAUUUAAUGAGUGACAUCAAUGAGGGAUCAUAGCUUUCACCUGGAUUCACCUGGUCAGUCUAUGUCAUGGAAAGAGCAGGUGUCCUUAAUGUUUUGUACACUCAGUGUAUACCCAGAGUACCUAUUUAAACCAAGUGUACUCCAAUUCACUGGAGCACCUACAAAUAUCAUCAAGUUGUACAAGUCCACUAUGUGCCGAUUGGUGUCAGCAAUCAGCACCUGUAACUUCUUUGGUCUUCAUUUUCAAGCGUCUCAUAGUCUUUGGUCUUUGAUCUGAGGAGAAGGGUACUGAACAUGGAACACUGGUCAUUGUGUUACCUGCUCCACACGACACAGCUUGUCCACGGUGCCCUGAUAGCGGUUCAUACAGUCCUCAGCCAGGUGGAGGUGGGUGGAGUACUGAAACACAGGGAGGAGUGCACACACGCAGGUGGUCAGUGGUAAAGUCAGAAGACUGUAGUUGGUUAAGUGUGCAUACUAUGUCAACAUCCCAAAUGGCACCCUAUUCCCUAUAUAGUGCGCUACUUUUUAACAGGGCCAAAAUUUUUUACUAUUAUAGGGAAUAAAUAGGGUGCCAUUUGGGAUGCAAACUAUAAGUCUGUAUAGUAUCAUUGCUGAAGCCUCAGCAUUCCUUAGACUUCAGGGGUGUCAACUCAUUCCAUGGAGUGCCUAGUGUCUGCUGGUGUUUGGUUUUUCCUUUCAAUUAAGACCUAGACAACCAGGUCAGGGGAAUUUCUUACUAAUCAGUGACCUUAAUUCAUCAAUCAAGUACAAUCAAGGAGCGAAAACCUGCUACCGCUCGGCCCUCAGUGGAAUGAGUUAGACACCAGUACCUUAGAUCCCACACAUUCAUAGUCCACUUAGUCCAUAGUAAAGGUCUUCAACAUGAAAUACAGUGCCUUCGGAAAGUAUUCAGACCCCUUGACUUUUUCCACAUUUUGUUACGUUACAGCCUUAUUCUAAAAUUGAUUAAAUUGUUUUUUUUCCCUCAUCAAUCUACACACAAUACCCCAUAAUGACAAAGCAAAAACAGGUUUUUAGAAGUAUUUGUGAAUUCACAAAUAAUACAAUCUGAAAUAUCACAUUUACGUACAGUACAUUUUUACAUUUUACAUUUUAGUCAUUCAGCAGACGCUCUUCUCCAGAGCGACUUACAGUUAGUGAGUGCAUACAUGUUUUUCUUUUUAGUUUUUUUCAUACAGUACCAGUCAAAAGUUUGGACAAACCUACUCAUUCCAGGGUUUUUCUUUAUUUUUUACUAUUUUCUACAUUGUAGAAUAAUAGUGAAGACAUCAAAACUAUAAAAUAACACAUAUGGAAUCAUGUAGUAACCAAAAAAGUGUUAAACAAGUCAAAAUAUAUUUUAGAUUUUAGAUUCUUCAAAGUAGCUGCCUUGAUGACAGCUUUGCACACUCUUGGCAUUCUCUCAACCAGCUUCACCUGGAAUGCUUUUCCAACAGUCUUGAAGGAGUUCCCACAUAUGCUGAGCACUUGUUGGCUGCUUUUCCUUCACUCUGCGGUCCAACUCAUCCCAAACCAUCAAAACUAUGAAAUAACACAUAUAGAAUCAUGUAGUAACCAAAAAAAGUGUUAAACAAAUAUAUUUUAUAUUUGAGAUUCUUCAAAGUAGCCACCCUUUGAGAUGGUUUGGGAUGAGUUGGACCGCAGAGUGAAGGAAAAGCAGCCAACAAGUGCUCAGCAUACAGUGGGGAGAACAAGUAUUUGAUACACUGCCGAUUUUGCAGGUUUUCCUACUUACAAAGCAUGUAGAGGUCUGUAAUUCUUAUCAUAGGUACACUUCAACUGUGAGAGACGGAAUCUAAAACAAAAAUCCAGAAAAUCACAUUGUAUGAUUUUUAAGUAAUUAAUUUGCAUUUUAUUGCAUGACAUAAGUAUUUGAUACAUCAGAAAAGCAGAACUUAAAAUUUGGUACAGAAAGCUUUGUUUGCAAUACAGAGAUAAAACGUUUCCUGUAGGUCUUGACCAGGUUUGCACACACUGCAGCAGGGAUUUUGGCCCACUCCUCCAUACAGACCUUCUCCACAUCCUUCAGGUUUCGGGGCUGUCGCUGGGCAAUACGGACUUUCAGCUCCCUCCAAAGAUUUUCUAUUGCGUUCAGGUCUGGAGACUGGCUAAGCCACUCCAGGACCUUGAGAUGCUUCUUACGGAGCCACUCCUUAGUUGCCCUGGCUGUGUGUUUCGGGUCGUUGUCAUGCUGGAAGACCCAGCCACGACCCAUCUUCAAUGCUCUUACUGAGGGAAGGAUGUUGUUGGCCAAGAUCUCGCGAUACAUGGCCCCAUCCAUCCUCCCCUCAAUACGGUGCAGUCGUCCUGUCCCCUUUGCAGAAAAGCAUCCCCAAAGAAUGAUGUUUCCACCUCCAUGCUUCACGGUUGGGAUGGUGUUCUUGGGGUUGUACUCAUCCUUCUUCUUCCUCCAAACACGGCGAGUGGAGUUUAGACCAAAAAGCUCUAUUUGUGUCUCAUCAGACCACAUGACCUUCUCCCAUUCCUCCUCUGGAUCAUCCAGAUGGUCAUUGGCAAACUUCAGACGGGCCUGGACAUGCGCUGGCUUGAGCAGGGGGACCUUGCGUGUGCUGCAGGAUUUUAAUCCAUGACGGUGUAGUGUGUUACUAAUGGUUUUCUUUGAGACUGUGGUCCCAGCUCUCUUCAGGUCAUUGACCAGGUCCUGCCAUGUAGUUCUGGGCUGAUCCCUCACUUUCCUCAUGAUCAUUGAUGCCCCACGAGGUGAGAUCUUGCAUGGAGCCCCAGACCAAGGGUGAUUGACCGUCAUCUUGAACUUCUUCCAUUUUCUAAUAAUUGCGCCAACAGUUGUUGCAUCUCACCAAGCUGCUUGCCUAUUGUCCUGUAGCCCAUCCCAGCCUUGUGCAGGUCUACAAUUUUAUCCCUGAUGUCCUUACACAGCUCUCUGGUCUUGGCCAUUGUGGAGAGGUUGGAGUCUGUUUGAUUGAGUGUGUGGACAGGUGUCUUUUAUACAGGUAACGAGUUCAAACAGGUGCAGUUAAUACAGGCAAUGAGUGGAGAACAGGAGGGCUUCUUAAAGAAAAACUAACAGGUCUGUGAGAGCCAGAAUUCUUACUGGUUGGUAGGUGAUCAAAUACUUAUGUCAUGCAAUAAAAUGCAAAUGUAUUACUUAAAAAUCAUACAAUGUGAUUUUCUGGAUUUUUGUUUUAGAUUCCAUCUCUCACAGUUGAAGUGUACCUAUGAUAACAAUUACAGACCUCUACAUGCUUUGUAAGUAGGAAAACCUGCAAAAUCGGCAGUGUAUCAAAUACUUGUUCUCCCCACUGUAUGUGGGAACUCCUUCAAGACUGUUGGAAAAGCAUUCCAGGUGAAGCUGGUUGAGAGAAUGCCAAGAGUGUGCAAAGCUGUCAUCAAGGCAGCUACUUCGAAGAAUCUAAAAUCUAAAAUAUAUUUUGAUUUGUUUAACACUUUUUUGGUUACUACAUGAUUCCAUAUGUGUUAUUUCAUAGUUUUGAUGUCUUCACUAUUAUUCUACAAUGUAGAAAAUAGUAAAAAUAAAGAAAAACCCUUGAAUGAGUAGGUGUGUCCAAACUUUUGACUGGUACUGUAACUAUUCAGACCCUUUACUCAGUACUUUGUUGAAACACUUUUAGCAGCAAUUACAGCAUCACGUCUUAUUGGGUAUGUCGCUACAAGCUUGGCACACCUGUAUUUGGGGAGUUUCUCCCAUUCUUCUCCUGAGCGCUCUGGAGCAGGUUUUCAUCAAGGAUCUCUCUGUACUUUGCUCCGUUCAUCUUUGCCUCGAUCCUGACUAGUCUCCCAGUCCCUGCCGCUGAAAAACAUCCCCACAGCAUGAUGCUGCCACCACCAUGCUUCACCGUAGGGAUGGUGCCAGGUUUCAUCCAGACGUGAAGCUUGGCAUUCAGGCCAAAGAGUUCAAUCUUGGUUUCAUCAGACCAGAGAAUCUUGCUUCUCAUGGUCUGAGAGUCUUUAGGUGCCUUUUGGCAAACUCCAAGCAGGCUGUCAUGUGCCUUUUACUGAGGAGUGGCUUCUGUCUGGCCACUCUACCAUAAAGGCCUGCAUGGUGGAGUGCUGCAGAGAUCGUUGUCCUUCUGGAAGGUUCUCCCAUCUCCACAGAGGAACUCUAGAGCUCUGUCAGAGUGACCAUUGGGUUCUUGGCCACCUCCCUGACCAAGGCCCUUCUCCCCCGAUUGCUCAGUUGGGCCGGGCGGCCAGCUCUAGGAAGAGUCUUGGUGGUUCCAAACUUCUUCCAUAUAAGAGUGUCCUUGGGGACCUUCAAUGCUGCAGACAUUUUUUGGUAACCUUCCCCAGAACUGUGCCUCGACACAAUCCUGUCUUGGAGCGCUACGGACAAUUCCUUCGACCUCAUGGGUUGGUUUUUGCUCUGGCAUGCUCUGUCAACUGUGGGACCUUAUUUAGACAGGUGUGUGCCUUUCCAAAUCAUGUCCAAUCAAUUGAAUUCACCACAGGUAGACUUCAAUCAAGUUGUAGAAACAUCUCAAGGAUGAUCAACGGAAACAGGAUGCACCUGAGCUCAAUUUCGAGUCUCAUAGCAAAGGGUCUGAAUACUUAUGUAAAUAAGGUAUUUCUGAUGUUUUCAAAAACCUGUUUUCGAUUUAUCAUUAUUGGGUAUUGUGUGUAGAUUGCUGAGGAUUUAAAUAAAAUCAAUUUUAGAAUAAGGCUGUAACGUAACAAAAUGUGGAAAAAGUCAAGGGGUCUGAAUACUUUCCGAAGGCACUGCAUGUCAUAGCUGCAUGGGGGAACAGUUGAUAUAUGUCAUAGCUGCAUGGGGGAACAGUUGAUAUAUGUCAUAGCUGCAUGGGGGAACAGUUGAUAUAUGUCAUAGCUGCAUGGGGGAACAGUUGAUAUAUGUCAUAGCUGCAUGGGGGAACAGUUGAUAUAUGUCAUAGCUGCAUGGGGGAACAGUUGAUAUAUGUCAUAGCUGCAUGGGGGAACAGUUGUCAGACUUAGCAUGGUGGGUGUACUUGGUGAUAGUUAAGAAUUAACAAGAAAAAGGUUCUCUAACCGAAGAUGGAUAAUAGAUGUGCAGGUUUUCUUUGUUAGUUUUUUGUCUACAAUGCAUAGACACGCUCUUAAGACACAUUUACCUUGCUCAGCUCUUUCUGAUACUGGGGCAUCUUCUUCAGCAUCUGAGCCAAGUCUUUCAUUGUGGUCUGUAACAAACCCAGAACAGCACAUCACUGUUAGACACACACAGCAGCCAAUGCAAUACAGAGGGUAAAGGACUCAUCUCAGGUCAGUAAUGAAGUCCUGUAGGACUAAUACAGACUGAAAUUAGAGUACAGUACCUUUUCUCCUGUGUUCAUCUUUUUGGUGGCUGAGAAUUCUUUCAGAGAACGGGUCACAGCCCUGUUUGAAUGUAUGUGAGAAAGAGAGGGAGGGAGGGAUAUAGGGGGAGAGAGAGAAAGAGAUAGUGAGAGAGGGAGGGAGAGAGAGAUAGCAGACCCCACAGAGCAAACACAAACAGACCCCACAGAGCCCCAGGACAACAACACAAUUAGACCCAACCAAAUCAUGAGAAAACAAAAAGAGAAUUACUUGACACAUUGGAAAUAAUUAACAAAAAAAACAGAGCAAACUAGAAUGCUAUUUAGCCCUAAACAGAGAGUACACAGUGGCAGAAUACCUGACCACUGUGACUGACCCAAACUUAAGGAAAGCUUUGACUAUGUACAGACUCAGUGAGCAUAGCCUUGCUAUUGAGAAAGGCUGCUGUAGGCAGACCUGGCUCUCAAGAGAAGACAGGCUAUGUGCACACUGCCCACAAAAUGAGGUAGAAACUGAGCUGCACUUCCUAACUUCCUGCCAAAUGUAUGACCAUAUUAGAGACACAUACUUCCCUCAGAUUACACAGACCCACAAAUAAUUUGAAAACAAAUCCAAUUUGGAUUAACUCCCAUAUCUAUUGGGUGAAAUACCACAGUGUGCCAUCACAGCAGCAAGAUUUGUGACCUGUUGCCACAAGAAAAGGGCAACCAGUGAAGAACAAACACCAUUGUAAAUACAACCAAUAUUUAUGUUUAUUUAUUUUCCCAUUUGUACUUUAACUAUUUGCACAUUGUUACAACACUGUAUAUAGACAUAAUAUGACAUUUGAAAUGUCUUUAUUAUUUUGGAACUUCUAAGUGUAAUGUUUACUGUUAAUAUUUAUUGUUUAUUUCACUUUUGUUUACUAUCUACUUCAUUUGCUUUGACAAUGUUAACAUACGUUUCCCAUGCCAAUAAAGCCCUUAAAUUGAAUUGAAUUGAUAGCGAGAGAGCUAGUAAUAGAGAGAGAGAGAGAGAGAGAGAAAGAGAGAGCAGUAGUGUGUGUGUGUGUGUGUGUGUGUGUGUGUGUGUGUGUGUGUGUGUGUGUGUGUGUGUGCAAACCAAGGGAGCAUCCUAUUUGUUAGAGACUUACGUGGUGACUUCUGCAAUGUGCUUGUGUCUGAGACUCAUCCACAGAUCAUCAUCCUCAUCCAGCAACACCGCCUUCUCCUUGACCUCCCCCAUGCCGCUGGUGUCAUACCUGACAGAGAGAGAGAGAGAGAGAGAGAGAGAGAGAGAGAGAGAGAGAGAGAGAGCAGCCCAUUACAGCAAAGACAGAUAUGCUCAAAUGUUGAUUUGCUGCCAGGUAUAGAUAUCCUUUAAUUCACAUAGGGAUAGAUAUCCUUUAAUUCACAUAGGGAUAGAUAUCCUUUAAUUCACAUAGGGAUAGAGAUCCUAUUGUUUAUAUAGGGAUAGAGAUCCUAUUGUUCACAUAGGAAUAUAGAUCUAUUGUUCACAUAGGGAUAGAGAUCCUAUUUGUUCUAUUUAAUUAUGUUGUGCCAUGCCCAGUGUGUUAUGAACCCAUUGCUUGGCUAGGCUGUGCCUGUGUGUGCGUGCCUGUGUGUGCGUGUGUGUGUGUGUGUGUGCGUGUGCGCGUGUGCGCAUGUGUGUGCGUGCGUGUGUGUGUGCGUGCGUGUGUGUGUGUGCAUGUGUGUGUGUGUGUGUGCGUGUGUGUGUGUGUGUGUGUGCGUGCGUGCGUGCGUGUGUGUGUGUGUGCUUGUGUGUAUUUACUUGUAGACGUCGUUCUCGAUGCCCAGCAGGUCAUAGCCCAUGGCUUGGAGGGUGAGCUCAUGGAGGAUGGGCGACACCGGGUCAAAGCCUCGGUCCAGAAUCAGGAGCUGGGAGCGAGACUUGUCCGGACCCUGAGCAGGGCGGAGGGAAUACGUGUAAAUAGAAACUGACAAAGAGGUUAUAAUAAUAUGUUUAUAUAAUAUAAUAUACAGUUGAAGUCGGAAGUUUACAUACACUGAGGUUGGAGUCAUUAAAACUAGUUUUUCAACCACUCCACAAAUGUCUUGUUAACAAACUAUAGUUUUGGCAAGUCAGUUAGGACAUCUACUUUGUGCAUGACACAAGUAAUUUUUCCAACAAUUGUUUACAGACAGAUUAGUUCACUUAUUAUUUACUGUAUCACAAUUCCAGUGGGUCAGAAGUUUACAUACACUAAGUUGACUGUGCCUUUAAACAGCUUGGAAAAUUCCAGAAAAUAAUGUCAUGGCUUUAGAAGCUUCUGAUAGGCUAAUUGACAUCAUUUGAGUCAAUUGGAGGUGUACCUAUGGAUGUAUUUCAAGGCCUACCUUCAAACUCAGUGCCUCUUUGUUUGACAUCAUGGGAAAAUCAAAAGAAAUCAUCCAAGACCUCAGAAAAAAAAUUGUAGACCUCCACAAGUCUGGUUCAUCCUUGGGAGCAAUUUCCAAACGCCUGAAGGUACCACGUUCAUCUGUACAAACAAUAGUACGCAAGUAUAAACACCAUGGGACCACGCAACCGCCAUACCGCUCAGGAAGGAGACGCGUUCUGUCUCCUAGAGAUGAACGUACUUUGGUGUGAAAAGUGCAAAUCAAUCACAGAACAACAGCAAAGGACCUUGUGAAGAUGCUGGAGGAAACAGGUACAAAAGUAUCUAUAUCCACAGUAAAACGAGUCCUAUAUCGACAUGAAAGGCCGCUCAGCAAGGAAGAAGCCACUGCUCCACAACCGCCAUAAAAAAGACAGACUACGGUUUGCGCAUGGAGACAAGAUCGUACUUUUUGAGAAAUGUCCUCUGGUCUGAUGAAACAAAAAUAGAACUGUUUGGCCAUAAUGACCAUUGUUAUGUUUGGAGGAAAAAGGGGAACACUUGCAAGCCGAAGAACACCAUCCCAACCGUGAAGCACGGGGGUGGCAGCAUCAUGCUGUGGGGGUGCUUUGCUGCGGGAGGGACUGGUGCACUUCACAAAAUAGAUGGCAUCAUGAGGAAGGAAAAUGAUGUGGAUAUAUUGAAGCAACAUCUCAAGACAUCAGUCAGGAAGUUCAAGCUUGGUCGCAAAUGGGUCUUCCAAAUGGACAAUGACCCCAACCAUACUUCCAAAGUUGUGGCAAAAUGGCUUAAGGACAGCAAAGUCAAGGUAUUGGAGUGGCCAUCACAAAGCCCUGACCUCCAUCCUAUAGAACAUUUGUGGGCAGAACUGAAAAAGCGUGUGCGAGCAAGGAGGCCUACAACCCUGACUCAGUUACACCAGCUCUGUCAGGAGGAAUGGGCCAAAAUUCACCCAACUUAUUGUGGGAAGCUUCUGGAAGGCUACCCGAAACGUUUGACCCAAGUUAAACAAUUUAAAGGCAAUGCUACCAAAUACUAAUUGAGUGUAUAUAGACUUCUGACCCACUGGGAAUGUGAUGAAAGAAAUAAAAACUGAAAUAAAUCAUUCUCUCUACUAUUAUUCUGACAUUUCACAUUCUCAAAAUAAAGUGGUGAUCCUAACUGACCUAAGACAGGGAAUUUUUACUAGGAUUAAAUGUCAGGAAUUGUGAAAAACUGAGUUUAAAUGUAUUUGGCUAAGGUGUAUGCAAACUUCCGACUUCAACUAUAUGCCAUUUAGCAGAUGCUUUAAAUCCAAAGCGACUUACAGUCAUGUGUGCAUCCAUCUUACAUAUGGAUGGCCCCGGGAAUCAAACCCACAACCCUGGCAUUGCAAACGCCAUGCUCUACCAACUGAGCCAUACAACUGCUCCAUGUGCCAAUGUAUGUGUGUGUUUACAUUAUGAUUCGACUACACUGCUACAGUUUCAUACAUAACCUCCAAAACAACCAUAGAUUCAACUAUUCCAUUAUUUUGCCUGUGCGUGCUACAUUGGUUUUACGUAAUGACGUGUUUCAAUGUAACCUAAAGGACAAAACCCACCGUGCCGGCGAAAGCGUAAAACCAGCCGGUGACUAUCCUAUCGCCUCUGACCUGAACAUCGGACGUAAUUUCCCUGUUCAUUUCCUAACAAUUCUAUAUAUUGAAUGGCCACCGUUUGUUGACACCCAGCAGGUGAUCUCUAACACACUGUGGUCACCUGAUGCUUUUAGCCGUUCACCGGCUCAGUGUGUUUUGUAAGGUCCUUUCUUGCUCCAGUGAAAUCAUUAUGGUUGGUUCGUUGACUGCAGGGUCGGGGUCAAUUCCAUUUAAAUUCUAGUCAAUUCAGGGAGUACACUGAAAUUCCAAUGCCAAUUCUCUCCAAUGUUUUUCAAUGAGGAAAAUUUGGAAUUGGGUUUACUAUCUGAAUUGACUGGAAAUUAAAUGGAAUUGACUCCAACCCUGGUUGUCUGCUCUCCUCUCCUCUCCUGCCUCACCUCUCCCAUGGUGGGGUCAUCUGCCUUGUAGCCAUCCAGCUUGUCCUGCAGGAGCUGAGCCAGAGUGGCACAGUCUUUGUAGUCCCUGAGUCAAGACAAGUAGACAACAGAUAGGCUCUUAGCUUUCCAACAGACAUCAGUCUAUACAGGCUGUUAACACCAUAGGCGUUAACAGCCGUGUAUCAGGGCAAUAGAAAGCCUAGUUAUUGAUAGUGCUUCCUCCCUCUCUCUCUCUCUCUCUCUCUCUCUCUCUCUCCUCUCUCUCUCUCUCUCUCUCCUCUCUCUCUCUCUCUCUCUCUCUCUCUCUCUCUCUGUCUCACCCUCUCUCUCUCUCUCUCUCUCUCUCUGUCUCACCCUCUCUCUCUCGCUCUCUCUCUCUCUCUGUCUCACCCUCUCUCUCUCUCUCUCUCUGUCUCACCCUCUCGCUCUCUCUCUGUCUCACCCUCUGUAUCUGACGCCAGGGUAUUCCUUCAGGGUGUUGCAGAGAGUAGCGAUCUGCUCAGCACAGCGCUCCAACAUGUUGUGCUUGAUGUCAGCCUUGUAGGGGCUGUAGAAAUCCUGGAAGGCAUCAGUCUUGUCCAGGGAAAACACCUAGACACACAGACAUAAGACAGAUAUAAGAGGGAAUACCCCUACAUACACACAGAUAAAUAAUACAUCAAUCCAAUGUAUUUUAUUAGGCUAUUUUUACGUCGAUAGUUGUCACGAAGUGCUUUACAGUUGCCCGGCCUAGACCCAAAUAUUCUGGUCACUUCCUAGGUUUUCCAGAAAUCCUGUUUGGAAUAUUCCUGUAAUCAGGAUGGAAUAAGUAAGAAAUCCAUGAAUCCUCCAACCGGGAAUUUUGCAACCCUAUCCAGUGGGCAUGCAGGGCCGGGCGCGCAGGAGGCACUGUAGCAGUGUGUGAGAUUGUGUGUGAGUCAAACAGCGUGUGUGUGGGGGAGAUAAUAUCAUACUCUUUCAUUACACUGAGUGCUGCCCAAAUGACUGACAACACAGUCCAGUGCUGUAGGAGCAGAUGGGACAUCUUUCAUUAUUUCCUCCAGUACUUUCUCUUCCGUAGGAGGGAUUUCCCAAAUGCACCAUGAUGACAUAAAUGACAGUUUAUUUCCAAUCUGAAACUUCCUAUUUCUGCUCUGACAUACCUCCCUCCAUCCCUUUCCAUUUCCUCUACUACCAUAACGUGUGCCAGUCAGGCAAACUCUCUCUUUCCCCACGCACCACCACCACUAUCACUGGCAACUCCACACGGUUGAGCCCAUCUGUUGAUCGUCUCAUCCCUCUGGUGUGCAAACAACUUCCCCUUGUCACACAACUCUCCUUCACCUCCCAUCAGCCAAUGAGGUGAGGGAUUAGAGGCGGGCUAGAAGGGAGGGAGGCAGGACGACGUGGCCUCCCCAUACCCCACUUCCACCACCACCCCACCACCCCCCUCCUGUAGGAUUAAUUCUAGAGGAAAACAGAACAGCAGAGGAUUGGAGACACAGCAAAGCCAUGGCCUGGCUAAAGCCGCUCUGCUCUGGAACAUUCCAUCAGGAGAAAGAGGAGAGGAGAGGAGACAACCCCAGCUCAUUCAGCAAUCCCUCCUCCACUCCACUCCUCCCUCCUCCACUCCUCCCCUACUCUUCCCUUAUUCCUCCCCCUCUCCCACUUCCUCCUCUGUCUCCCCUCCUGUUUGUCCGUGUCUCUCCAUGUCUCUCUCUCCCUCUCCCUCUCCCUCUCUCUCUCUCCAGACAGACAGACAGACAGACAGAAGGGCAGACAAGUUCUGACCUGAGACUCAUAGGGCAGAAAGGCGAUGUGGAUCUCAGUCAAGGUCUUCAUGGCUUUGGACGCGCGGGAUUUCGUCAACAAAUUAAACAAUGAAUCCGGGAUUGCUGUGAGGGAGGGGGAGUGACAAAAAAGAUACAUUAAAAGAUUAAAGAAAAAAGGAAAUAGAAUAGAAAUCAAUAUACUCUACUGCAUAAGGUUGACAUUGAGUGUUGGUAUGGUGUCAAAGAGUUGCCUGCCGUUCCAUCUGCUAGUCCGUUCCCAGUACUCCAGUAGGCCUCAGACUGCUCCAUACUCUAAUUCACAUAUACAGUAGGCGAUGGGACGCAGUCGUCCCAUGUCUCUCUAAAAUUACUCACUGUCAGUGAAGAAGACGUGAGCUCCUCUGUAUCUGGGCGACCGCGGGUCUCUGAAGUCAUCUAUGAGUGCCUCCACAGUCUAGGGAGGAGAAGGAACGGUCGGCAACAUCAUUAGAAUAUUACCAAAGAAAGCAAAAUGGUUGUGGUCGUGUGUGGCUCAGGUGGUAGAGCAUGGCACUUCCAACUCCAGAGCUGUGGGUUUCAUAUUGCACUGGAGCCACCCAUAUGUAAAUGUAUGAAUGUACUAGAGUAAGAGGCUUUGGAUAAAAGCGUCUACUAAAUGUCUCUCAUACCUCAUCAUUGGGAGUUAUGAGGUAGAUGGCCUCCAUACUAGGGAGAGGCUCCCGCUUCUUGCCGAUGUCUUCAACAACUGGACAGGAGAGGACAGAAAAGCACAGUCAUUAAGUUAGCCAAUUAAAGGUGCUAUACCUAGAAUGUAUCCCCUAUGUGGAAGCUAGCUGAAUUGCAACAGCACUAGGCUGCAUUCAAAACAAAUCUCCCCCCUCCCCCACAUCCAGUUUCUCUGUAACAUGGCGGAGACUCGCGCUUGAGCCUUUUACUUUCUGUUUUGGUCCACCAGCUUCAAACAGCUGUAAAAACAAUAUUUGUUGUUAUUGAAAAUAUAUUUCACAGUGAUUUAGAUGGUAGAAUAAUUCCCUACACUAUUCAGUGCUUGUUUUCUCACAUAAACUGAAAUUGAGUGAACAGUGUAGGGAAUUAUUGUCCCAUCUAAAUCCCUGUGAAAUAUAUUUUCAAUAACAAAGUCAAAUAGGCAAAGUGAUGCUGAUCAGUAAGCUUGUGUGUGUGCGUAUGUGUGACGUUGACAGAGUGGUACUCACUGGUGAUGCCCUCUGACAUGAUAUCUGUCAUCUUACAGCAAGAUGACAUCAUCCUCAUGCUCAGCUUGUCUACAACCAGCACCUGGGGGAGGGCAGGGAGGACACGGGUCAGAGGUCACAGUGCGUCAAGGGGUAUAUCCCAAAUGGCACUCUAUUCCCUAUAUAGUGCGCUACUUUCGACUAGGACCCAUAGGGCUCUAGUCAAAAGUAAUACACUAUAUAGGGAAUAGGGUGCCAUUUGGGCGCAGACCAGCACUAUCACGUACUGUCAGAGAGUCAUUUAUAACCAAGACACAGUCAUUUAUAACCAAGACACAGUCAUUCAUAACCAAGACACAGUCAUUUAUAACCAAGACACAGUCAUUUAUAACCAAGACACAGUCAUUCAUAACCAAGACACAGUCAUUUAUAACCAAGACACAGUCAUUCAUAACCAAGACACAGUCAUUUAUAACCAAGACACAGUCAUUCAUAACCAAGACACAGUCAUUAAUAACCAAGACACAGUCAUUCAUAACCAAGACACUGUCAUUUAUAACCAAGACACAGUCAUUCAUAACCAAGACACAGUAAUUCAUAACCAAGACACAGUCAUUCAUAAGCAAGACACAGUCAUUCAUAAGGAAGACAGUCAUUCAUAACCAAGACACAGUCAUUAACAAGCAAGACACAGUCAUUAAUAAGCAAGACACAGUCAUUCAUAAGCAAGACACAGUCAUUAAUAACCAAGACACAGUCAUUUAUAACCAAGACACAGUCAUUUAUAACCAAGACACAGUCAUUCAUAACCAAGACACAGUCAUAUAUAACCAAGACACAGUCAUUUAUAACCAAGACACAGUCAUUCAUAACCAAGACACAGUCAUUUAUAACCAAGACACAGUCAUUCAUAACCAAGACACAGUCAUUUAUAACCAAGACACAGUCAUUCAUAACCAAGACACAGUCAUUAAUAACCAAGACACAGUCAUUCAUAACCAAGACACUGUCAUUUAUAACCAAGACACAGUCAUUCAUAACCAAGACACAGUAAUUCAUAACCAAGACACAGUCAUUCAUAAGCAAGACACAGUCAUUCAUAAGGAAGACAGUCAUUCAUAACCAAGACACAGUCAUUAAUAAGCAAGACACAGUCAUUAAUAAGCAAGACACAGUCAUUCAUAAGCAAGACACAGUCAUUAAUAACCAAGACACAGUCAUUCAUAACCAAGACACAGUCAUUUAUAACCAAGACACAGUCAUUUAUAACCAAGACACAGUCAUUCAUAAGCAAGACACAGUCAUUAAUAACCAAGACACAGUCAUUCAUAACCAAGACACUGUCAUUUAUAACCAAGACACAGUCAUUCAUAACCAAGACACAGUAAUUCAUAACCAAGACACUGUCAUUCAUAAGCAAGACACAGUCAUUCAUAAGGAAGACAGUCAUUCAUAACCAAGACACAGUCAUUAAUAAGCAAGACACAGUCAUUAAUAAGCAAGACACAGUCAUUCAUAAGCAAGACACAGUCAUUAAUAACCAAGACACAGUCAUUCAUAACCAAGACACAGUCAUUUAUAACCAAGACACAGUCAUUUAUAACCAAGACACAGUCAUUCAUAACCAAGACACAGUCAUUAAUACGCAAGACACAGUCAUUCAUAAGCAAGACACAGUCAUUAAUAACCAAGACACAGUCAUUUAUAACCAAGACACAGUCAUUCAUAACCAAGACACAGUCAUUUAUAACCAAGACAAUCAUUCAUAACCAAGACACAGUCAUUAAUGACCAAGACACAGUCAUUUAUAACCAAGACACUGUCAUUCAUAACCAAGACACAGUCAUUAAUGACCAAGACACAGUCAUUUAUAACCAAGACACUGUCAUUCAUAACCAAGACACAGUCAUUUAUAACCAAGACACAGUCAUUCAUAACCAAGACACAGUCAUUUAUAACCAAGACACA